CUGCAAGGGUUAGGUAGUAGAGCGCAGACAAGGCAAUGCUCCAGUGUAUGGUCUGCUUCUCCACAUUCACAGGUGGUUGGGCCAGUCUUGUAGCCCCAUCUGACCAGAGCAUCUUUGGAUCGUCCCGUUCUUAUUCUGAGGCUUCAUAAAAAAGUGUUACCAUAAUUUUUUUUCCAUAAAUAAAUGUGUGGGAUUUUGACUGACAAAAUGGCUGAAUUUACAAAUACCGUACAUACCUUUAAUGCAUUUUCCUUCUAUAAUAAUGAGAAAAGAUGAUGUCUUGUUUCAGACUGUCUCGUUGUCUCAUCACACACGAGGGCUGUUCUUUCUUGGCCUCUGCCCUCAAAUCAAACCCCUCCUACCUGAAAUGGCUGGAUCUGAGCUACAAUCACCCAGGAGACUCCGGUGUCAGAGAGCUCACAGGCAGACUGAAUGAUCCAAACUGUAAACUAGAGACUUUCAGGUAUGACCAUGGAGGAGAGUUCAGGAUUAAACCAGGACCGAGAAAAUAUGCCUGUGAGCUCACACUGGACCCAAACACAGCAUACAGACAUCUCUCUCUCUCUGAGGGGAACAGAAAGGUGACACGUGUGUAUGAGGAGCAGCGGUAUCCUGACCACCCAGAGAGAUUUGACAGUUGGUAUCAGGUGCUGUGCAGAGAGGGUCAGUCUGGACGCUGCUACUGGGAGGCUGAGUGGAGUGGUGUUGAGGCUCAGAUGGCAGUGGCAUAUAAGAGCAUGAAGAGGAAAGGGAGGAGUCAUGACAGUGGGUUUGGAUGGAAUGACAAGUCCUGGCUUCUGGAUUGCUCUGGUAACAGUUACUCUGCCAGGCACAAUUAUAAACACACUGACAUACCUGAUCACCAGAGUCUGCAGAAGAGUUACACACUCCUGUUCAAACACCAUUGUGUGAUGCUGUGA